GGUAUGCAGGGCACAACAUUUGGAAUCCCAGCAAUCCCACUUUGAGUUUUGGACCUUUGAAACAAACAACUGUUCAACGCAGUGAAGCUUGCCUGAGAUCAUUGAGUAUUACAGCUUACAUGAAGUCUGUUUUCACCGAGAAUUAUCCUCACGUGACCCCUGUGUUUCAUUUUUAAAACGACUGCAAGAAACCGCCAAGGAAUAUUAAGAAGCAAUGCCUUUCACACGGGGAAAGAAACCCACGACUGGCCUCGCCAGCAAAAUACCAAGGUUGGGCAACGUUAACCCGGAGAAGAAGGAGGAUGGCCCUCAGGUGAAGAGGUCAUCGUCCCCCCCACACGGGGCCCCCAAGAAAAGGACCGCCUUUGUUGACAUCACUAACGCCCACAAGGUCCAGAUCUGCCUACCUGGCAGGAGGAAGGAUGCCACUAAGAAGCCGACAAAGAAGCCAAUCACCAAGACAGUGACCUCCAGGAAACAGGCCAACCUCAAACAGUCGUCCUCGUUGAGUUCUGAUGGCCUCUCGGUGGAGGUGGAGGAGGUGAAGAUAAAGAGCGAUGUGGAGGAGGUGGAGAUAAAGAGCGAUGUGGAGGAGGUGAAGAUAAAGAGCGAUGUGGAGGAGGUGGAGAUAAAGAGCGAGGUCUUGACCCAGCAGGAGGAGCUGAAGGUGGAGAGCAAGCUCAAGACGGAGGUGGAGGAGUUGGCGACCACAGUAGGAGAACUGGAGGUCGCCGCUGAGACCCCCACGGCCCCCCGGACCUUCCCGGCCCCCCAGAGACCCGAGGUCCCUGGGGAGUUUGACGUGGACUUGCAGUACUGGGACGACUGCUGCAUGGCCCCGGAGUACGCCAAGGAGAUCUUUGACUACCUGAAGCGCAGAGAGGAGAAGUUUGUCCUCUCGGACUACAUGUCCUUCCAGCCCAAUCUCAACCCCGGCAUGAGGUCCAUCCUGGUGGACUGGCUUGUGGAGGUGCAGGAGAACUUUGAGCUGAACCACGAGACGCUGUAUCUGGCGGUGAAGCUGGUCGACCAUUUCCUGUCAAUCUCGCCCGUCGCCAGGGAAACGCUGCAGCUCAUCGGAUCCACCACCAUGCUUAUCGCCUCCAAGUUUGAGGAGCGCAGCCCCCCCUGCGUCGACGACUUCAUGUACAUCUGCGACGACGCCUACAGACGGGAGGAGGUCAUCGCCAUGGAGACGAGCAUCCUGCAGACGCUGGGCUUCGACAUCAACAUCCCCAUUCCCUACCGCUUCCUGCGGCGCUACGCCAAGUGUGCGGGCGUUGGCAUGGACACGCUGACGCUGGCGCGCUACUUCUGCGAGCUGAGUCUGCAGGAGAUGGAGUUCCUGCCGGUGCGCGGCUCCCUAUUGGCCGCUGGCUGCCUGCUGGUCGCCCUGGUGACCAAGGACCUGGGGGGAUGGACCCCCAUGCUGGAGUACCACUCUGGGUACGGGUUGGAGGAGGUGGCCCCCGUGGCGCGGAGCCUCCAGGCCAUGCUCGUCUGUAUGCCCGACAGCAGACUGAAGGCUGUGCGCAGCAAGUACGCCCACAAGGUGUUUUUCGAGGUGGCCUCUCUACCGUUGGUGGAGUUCAAUGUCCUGGAGGACGCGUUAUCUCAGUGAGGCAAUAAACGGACCAGAAAAUAGGACAUGUACAUUUUCUAUGCCAGGGAACUUGUAAAUAUUCUGUGAAUAAUAAUGCUUGUAAUAUUUAUAUCGAUGUUGUUUGUGGCUUCUGUUUUUCGUUCCCUGUUUUAUAUUUUUCUUCUUCCAAAAUGUUGUAUUACAUUUCUCGAAUCAAGUUAACCGUUUCAAACGUCUUUUAAAAAGAGUCUUCCAGAUUUGUUAUUCGGUUGAAAAAAUGUUAUGCCAGUUUUCUUAAUCGCAAUACUUUUUUUAAGGAAUUGUAGUUUUACAUGUUUAUAAAGGUUUUAUUUGAAAGGGUAAGAAAUGUGAUUGAAAGGGAUGUUGUCGUGAAUCAACAUGGUGACGUUGAUCAUGUUCAUGCCCUUUCUGACGAAAGAAAAAACUAAUUUGUAUGAAAUACUGCUUUUAAAAUGACCGUCAUAGAUGCUCAUGAAAAUAAAGUGUUAUUGUACAUGUUUCGUAAA